GUUGUGUUCUAUUUGUGUUAAUUAAAACAUCUUUUUCACUCCUCACACGUUCUUUUUUCUAUUCUGGUCUCGGGCUUGGUGGCCUUCUGAAGGAGGUGCUGUUAAUUUCAUCAGUUGGUUUCUUUUUGAGUGUGUUUUUGACCAAGUUAAACAGCGAAAUGAAAGCUCCUGUCAGAGCCACACGCAAGUUUCCUUCACAAAGAAAGAGGAGGAUCCGAGCUCACUCCACUCUCAUCUACAGAGCUCAUAAAGAGGUCUGUCCAGCUGAGAUGAGGAGUCCGGACUUCAUUGACCGUCGGCUGAGUUUUCCCAAACCAGUCCUACUCAGACUGGUGAGCUUGGAGGCUUCCCGGCUGUCACGAACCAACAGACUAAAAGUGAUCACGCUGCAGGAGAUCAAUGCUGCUGUCACACUAGUACGACGGAGGAUUCAUACGAGAACUGCAGCAUGAAGAGUUGGACCUGAGCUGUACAUAAAUGUUGUUUUUAUCAUUAAAGACUUUAUUCUAAAUUAAAUCUUUGCCUAUAUGCAAGUUUUGUAUAAUGAUGCCAAGUAGUAAGUAAAAACAUUAAGUCCUCACCUCUAUAGCAGUAAGUGAGCUGAUUGUUUAUGGAACAUAUUAAUGACAAACCGUCUUCAACAAAGCUGAACAAUUGAAAUGUUGAGAUGUAAGAGGGUGUAGUGACAGGCUUUGUCAGGUUUUGAAUGCUAAUUCCUGGUAUGGCUGGGUUUUUGUCUCAUCGCAGUUCUCAAAUUUGGUUCACUUGAAAUGGUGGAUUCCUCUUUACAUAUUUCUGGCUAACAUGCUUUAGUAGGACCAACCUUAUCUGGCUGCUUUCUGCAGUCUUUCAAAUUUUAAAAAGGUGACUCUUAAAUCCAGCAAGGUCGUCUCUGCAUUCAAAACAGAAAAUGAAAGCAUGUUAUAACUUGAGUCCUACUGCUUGCCUUUAAUGUAAAUUUAAAUGUCACUGGAGCUGUCUUCGCUAAGUUUUAUAUUAACCAACUUUUCCACACAUGUGGAUGUUGACUUUGGAUUUGAUUGUAUGUUUUAAACGAGACAAUGGGUCCAGAAUAACCUUGAAGUCACACAACAGAAAACAAGUGCUGUAUUAAAGAACUUGUUAUGGGCCUGAAAAUUUCGAUGCAAGCAACGGGUUUUUUUGUACAACACAUGGAUUGUGUGUCCCAAUCAUGAUUUCUGGAUCGCGCAGAUACCAACUGCAGGUCUCAUGGCAUAGCUUAGGAAAAACUGUCUGAUGUUACCCUGGAACAUCCUUCUGGGUCGUCAUGGGAUGUGGCACCUCUGUUGCUACUGAGACACAAAGGAAAGGAGUAGAGACAGAUGACACAGUUAAGACUCCCACCCCGGCUCUGACUAUGAAGGCGGCUGUUUUGAUCCAGCGAUGGUACCGGCGCUACAUGGCCCGUUUGGAGAUGAGACGCAGGUAUACCUGGAACAUCUUUCAGUCCAUCGAAUAUGCCGGGGAACAGGACCAGCUACAGCUCUCCAGUUUCUUUAGUUUCAUGCUCGACAACUUCACUCAGCUGAAUGGAAAUGGGCCAGAUUUGAUCUCCCAGCUGCUAGACCCGGUGGUCGAACCCUGGUUAGAAAGAGAGACCUGCUACAACUUGAUCUCUGUCCCAGAAUCAUACACAGGGCCCCGACUAUCAUUUCCUCUCUCCGUCUCUGAUACAAAUGCCCUCCUCAGUGCAUUUAAGGAGCAGCAGACACUACAUGCCAGAUAUGUUCUGCAGCUGCUGUACGAGACCAAAAAGCUCCUCAAACAGAUGCCCAACAUCAUCCACCUGUCAACAUCCUACACCAAAGAGAUCACUAUAUGUGGUGAUCUGCAUGGGCGGCUUGAUGACUUACUUCUCAUAUUUUAUAAGAAUGGCCUUCCCUCUGCGGAGACGCCGUAUGUGUUUAAUGGGGACUUUGUGGACCGUGGGAAAAAGUCGAUCGAAGUGGUCAUGCUCCUGUUCGCCUACCUUCUGCUUUACCCCGACUACAUGCACCUGAACCGAGGAAACCAUGAAGACCACAUAAUGAACCUCAGAUAUGGGUUCACAAAAGAAGUCAUGCAGAAAUAUAAGAUUCAUGGCCACGAGAUCCUCCAGCUGUUUCAGGAGGUUUUCAGCCUUCUGCCCAUUGCGACAGUCAUUGACGGAAAAAUCCUGAUAGUUCACGGAGGAAUAUCAGACGAGACGGACUUGGACUUCCUCAGCUCCAUAGAGAGGCACAAGGUGAAAUCUGCCCUGAGGUUUCCCAGACACAGUUUGGAGCAGCUGGACAUCGGUCAGUCCUGUAGACAGAUGAAAAGAAUGAGAUCGACAGACGGCUCUCGUCCCAGCAGUAGUCGCAGCCACUACAAGAACCAAAGAACCCCGAACCAGAGAAAGAGGCGAUGCAGGCUCAGCCGACAAGACAGCGCUGCCUCCACUUCAUCCUCCUCCUCCUCCUCCUCAUCCUCCUCGUCUUCGCUUUGCUCUCCUCGAACUCCGUCCAGCCUCACGCCGCAUCCUUGCCUGUCUUCUCCCAGCAUGCCUUACACUAUCAAUGUUCUCCAAGUGCCUUUCCUGGACUCUCUGUCCUCUGUUUCCCCUCCUACACCUCCACAACAUGAACGGGAAUGGAAACAGAUAGUGGAUAUAUUGUGGAGUGACCCUAAAACCCAAGAAGGCUGCAGUCCCAACACAUUCAGAGGAGGAGGGUGCUACUUUGGCCCUGACGUCAGCCAGAGACUGCUGCUCCAACACGGACUCCAGUUGCUCAUCAGAUCCCAUGAGUGCAAGCAGGAGGGAUAUGAGCUCUGUCAUGGUGGACGGGUAAUCACCAUUUUCUCAGCGUCAAAUUAUUAUGAAGUGGGAAGCAACCGUGGUGCGUACAUCAAAGUGGGCAGAGAACUGGUUCCCCGCUUCUACCAGUACCAAGUCAGCCGCACAACACGCAAACUCACCCUAACACAAAGAGUACGAGCAGCUGAAGGCUCUGCUCUCAGGGCCCUGAAGGAGAAGCUGUUCACUCAUCGCUCUGAACUGAUGUUGGGCUUCCAGCAGUUUGACUAUAAUAACAACGGUAGGGUGUCAGUCAGUGAAUGGGCUCAGGUAUUAGAGUCUGUCCUGAGACUGGACGUGCCCUGGAGGACACUGCGUCCACACUUAGCCCAUCUGGCACCAGAUGGCAGAGUGGAGUAUCAGUCCUGUUUUGAGGAUAUGGGACCGGGGAUUUCUUUGCCUCAGGUCACUCCAAACUUGGCUGAAACUCUGUUCAGAUACAGGACAGACAUUGAGAUAAUAUUCAACAUCAUAGACAAAGACCAUUCAGGUCUGAUCUCUGUUGAGGAGUUUCGUCACACCUGGCGUCUCUUCAGUGCCCACCUCGGGGUUGAUAUCAAUGACAAAGCCAUCGAUGAUCUGGCCCGAAGUAUUGACUUCAACAAGGAUGGCAGUAUAGACUUCACUGAGUUCCUAGAGGCCUUCAGAGUGGUACACAAACUGGACAACAAGGAUCAGCAACUCAAUGGAAAGGUGGAUGGAGACGGUGGAUGGAGAAGUAUUCAUGAAGGGAAGAAUCUGAAUGCUAACUUGCGGGAAGUCCUGCAUGUCUCAGCAGAGAAACUCGUGGAAAGAAAGUAGGAAAGCAGGGAUAUGAUAUCAUUUAGUAUUUCUUAAGUUAGGUUCUUAGCGGAAAAAUCCACCUUUAAAUACCUGAACACUUAAAAGUAGCAGUGUUUUGGUGACCUUACAAUUAUUGUCUGUGAGAUACCUCGUCUACCACAGAUACAGCAGGAGCACCAGUGAUGCAGCACUUUUAGCUAUGUACACAUCAGUACUGUAGUAUUACAUGUAUUGAUGACUGAAGGCUUCAAUAUUAGAAGAAAUAGGAACACACUGACAUUAAUGUAUGCUGGU